AUGUCAAAAGCCAUCACAUUAAAUAAUGGAGAACAGGAACAAUGUAUCCUGGGACUUUCAGAGAAUCCAAAGAUGCAGAAAAUAAUAUUUGCUGUGUUUUUUGUCAUCUACAUCAUUUCUGUGGUAGGAAAUGCACUCAUUGUGGUCACUAUCACUGGAAGCCCAUUGUUGGGGUCCCCUAUGUACUUUUUCCUGGCCUACCUGUCCUUUGUUGAUGCCUGCUAUUCCUCUGUCAGCACCCCAAAACUGAUGGUAGAUUCACUUCGUGAAAAGAAGAUCAUCCUAUUUAAUGGAUGUAUGACCCAAAUCUUUGGGGAACAUUUGUUUGGAGGUGCUGAGAUCAUUUUGCUUACUGUGAUGGCCUAUGAUCGCUAUGUGGCCAUCUGCAAGCCCUUGCACUAUACAACCAUCAUGAAUCUGCAUAUGUGUGGCUAUCUGAUGGGAGUGGUGUGGAUGGGAGGUUUUCUUCAUGCAACUAUACAGAUCCUGUUUAUCUUCCGAUUACCAUUCUGUGGCCCUAAUGUCAUAGAUCACUUUAUGUGUGACCUAAAUCCUUUGCUCAAUCUCAUUUGCACUGAUACCCAUACUCUGAGACUCUUUGUUGCUGCCAACAGUGGGUUCAUCUGUCUGUUAAACUUCCUCCUUCUGCUGGUCUCCUAUGUGGCCAUCCUGCGCCCCUUAAGGACACACAGCUUAGAGGCAAAGCGCAAGGCUCUCUCCACCUGUGCCUCCCACAUCACAGUGGUUGUUUUAUUCUUUGUGUAUAUGAGACCUGUAGCUACUUUUUCCAUUGAUAAAGCAGUUGCUGUAUUCUACACUAUGAAAACUCCCAUGUUAAAUCCCUUAAUCUAUACCUUGAGAAAUGCUCAGAUGAAAAAUGCCAUUAGGAAAAUGUGUAGUAGGAAAGUUCUUUCAAGUGACAAAUAA